AUGGGCCCUCUCAAACCAGUCCUGCCCCCUCAACCCCUGCCUGUCAGUCAGCCUCCUCUUGGUCCCGCCUCGCAGGCUCCUCCACCAAUAAGCACGGCCCAUCCAUAUCAGCCCCCACCUUCCCUUAACGCGGCCCAGGCAGCUGCACAGAUGGCUGUAGAGGCAGCCAACAACCAGAAGAGUCGCUCAACAAGCCCCUCCCCCGCAGCAGCAACAAGUCCAGCCGCCAGGACAACCACAGCCCAAUCAGCAGCAGCCGGUGCCCCUCAGCAGCAGCAGCCCACGGCCAAUCAGCAGACGCCUCCAUCCUCACAGCCUGGCAUGCCUGGUGUGUCUGUAGCCCAGGCGAAUCCGAUUGGGGGGCAGCAGCAAGGCGUAGCCAAUAAGAUUGUAGCAUGGAGUGGGGUACUGGAGUGGCAAGAGAAGCCCAAAGCCUCGUCUAUGGAUUCCAAUACCAAACUCACGCGCUCCCUGCCCUGCCAGGUGCAAGUCAACCAAGGAGAGAACCUAAAUGCAGACCAGUGGCCACAGAAGCUCAUCAUGCAAUUGAUCCCACAAAAGCUACUGACAACACUUCGUCCACUCUUCAGAAACUCUAGAAUGGUUCAGUUUCUCUUCACCAACAAAGAUGUGGCGUCACUAAAAGGUCUUUAUCGUAUCAUGGCCAAUGGAUUUACGGGGUGCGUCCACUUCCCCCACAGCGCCCCCUGUGAGGUGCGGGUGCUCAUGCUGCAAUACUCCUCCAAGAAGAGGAUUUUCAUGGGCCUCAUCCCCGACGACCAGAGCGGCUUCGUCAACGGCAUCCGACAGGUCAUCACCAACCAUAAACAGGUCCAGCAGCACCGCUCGUUGGGUUCAGGAGGGCCGAUGCCAGGGCCGCCUGGCCAGGUUCAACCCAAUCAGAACUUCCUCAACCGGCCGCAGGGGCCCAUCCCUGUCUCCCAUGGCAACGUGCAGCAGCAGUCUGUGGUGGUGGGCAUGCCCUCUGUUAGUCAGGUCACUCUGAUGGAGGAACAGCAGAGACAGGCCAACCUGAUGACGAUGAGAGCAGCCAGCGCAGCUAAUCAGCAGCCGCCCGUCACCGGCGCUCCGCCCAACCAGGUCACUCAGGGUGGACAGGCCCCGCCCCAGGGUGCCAUGCUCCGCCUUCCAAACCCAGGAGCCAAUCCUCAGCUGCGCAGUCUACUCCUCAGCCAACAGCAGCCACAGGGUGGUGUUGGUCACAUGCAGGGCAUGAUGCCUCACCAGGGGCUGGGAGGGCAGCUGGUCCACCCUACUCCAGGAGCGGGCGCCCAAAUGCAGGCCCAUUGGAGACAGCCCCUGGCAGGUCAGAUGAUGGCUGCUGGUCAGAGGGGCCCUGGAGCCCAACCCCCCGGGAUGCCCCAGGUGUCCUCCGUCAUGGAGGAUGAGAUUCUCAUGGACCUUAUUUGAGUUUGCACCCAAAAAGACUACAUCCCACAGCAGCCAGCAUUUUCAGUUUCAUCAUGGGGGCAGACUGGGAGAUGUCGUUUUCCAAGUUUCUACUCUGGCUUUGUUUUCUGUUUUUUCCUUUUAUAUCAAAAGAGCAGACAACAGCAGGGAGAAUCAGGAGUUUGUACUGUAGAGCUAUUGGAGAUGAUAAGGGGAGGACAUGCAAGCACACGCUCUCAUGCAUAUGCAAACACAGACACACACACACACACACACACACCCUGUCACACACCUAAUGAAGCCAACCCAAUGGGAGGACAGUGUUCAUUGCACUGUUGUGUGCUUGUAUGGAAACCUGUUUCACAUUCAUUUAAUUGUUUAUAUGAAAUGUCUUUUUUUUAUUGAGGUUAAACUUUUUCUGAAGUUGUUUUUUUGAGCUAUAGAUGACGUUGUUUUAUUGAGAUGAAAUAAAGAUGAAUUUUGUCAAGGA